GAUUUUUAUUCUUCUCCAUGCUUAUAAAUGUGUUCUAACCUUCAAAAUUUUUCAGGCCGAGAACAUCAAUAGGAGUGCUCUCAGAAUUUAAGGAAAUGGUUUUUCAAUUCAAUUUUCUAGUUCUUCUAUUAUGUCUUAUGUUUUUAAUGUGUGGCAGAGGCAAUGCAGUAAGGGAUUUGGAAGAGAAAUAUGAUUUUGAAAGCCAUGGCAGAGACGACGAAGUGGAGAGUUUAGAUGACAAGUACGUUACCGCUUACUUUCACCAAACUUUUGAUUCUGCAAAUCACUUUGAUGGAGGUGAUGAAGUGAAGAAUUUAGAAGACAAAUAUUCAGCGGCUUACUUCCACAAAUCGUUAGAUUCUGGAAACCAUGGCAGAGACGACAAAGCAAAGAUAUUGGAAGACAAUUAUGCUACUGCGUACUUCCACAAGACUUCUGUUUUUGGAAACCAUGGUGAAGGUGACAAAUUAAAGAGUUUGGAAGAUAAAUAUUCCACGGCUUACUUUCACAAAACAAUAUCUUCCAAAAUGAUGAAGGAUCACAACAUGGAACAUCACCACCAUUACCAUAACCAUGUUGAAAGUGCAGAGAUAGGCUUGUUCACCAUUGAUGAACUACAUACCUUUCACGUAGGGAAGAAAUUACCCAUCUUUUUCCCUAUAAAAAACCACUCUCUUUACCCUCCUCUGUUGCCUAAACAAAUUGCUGACACCAUCCCUUUUUCAUCUUCCCAAGCUUCUAAUAUUCUACGAUUCUUCUCAGUUUCUCCGGACUCCCCCAAAGGCAAAGCUGUUCAAGAUACACUCACAAAAUGCGAACUCGGAGCUGCUCAAGGGGAGACCAAAAUCUGUGCUACCUCUUUAGAAUCUUUACACGGUUUUCUAAGCAAUGCAUUUGGACCCCAUGUUGAUUUCAAGUUCAUAAGCACAAGGCAUCCCACCAUAACAACCCCACUCUUUCAAAGUUACACAGUUUUAGAAUCCCCUCAGGAGAUUGAAUCUCCAAAGAAAGUAGCUUGUCAUCCAAUGCCAUAUCUUUAUGCAGUUUAUUUCUGUCACUUUGAUGCCACUGAGACUAAAGCUUUCAAACUCCGUUUAGUUGGUGAUGUUACAGGAGAUAAGGUGGAUGCUGUUGUUCUUUGCCAUAUGGAUACUUCAGGUUGGAGCUCUGAUCAUGUCGCUUUUCGCAUGCUUGGUAUUAAGCAAGGAAACACUGUUUGCCAUGUAUUUUCUCAAGGUAAUUUUGUUUGGAUUAAUCAGCCAUCGGAUAUCGCUGCCGGUGCCAUAUAAGUGUUGAACUGUUCGAUGGAGCACUCAUUUGCCACUACGUAUCGAGACUCUGAUCCCGAUAUAAGUAUUUAAGAGCUAGUCUUAUGUUCACUAGGUUUCAUGGUGUUUCGUUAAUGGUGUGACUUUCUAUCUGUAUUAAGUAUCAAGUAAUUAAGCAAUAAAAAGUAUGUAUUAGAGUUAAAAUUA